AUUAAAUGAGAAGCAAUUCAUUUUUUAUAUAUAUAAAAAAGAAGAAGCCAAGUUCCAUUGUUUACUACAAGUUGAGUGCGUUUUGUCUGAAAGAAUACGGAGUAUAUAUCCAGGUGGGUCAACCAAGCUUCGUGAAGAAGACGAGAACGAAAAGAAACACAAAAAGAAGACUUAUUAGAUAUAGAGAGACGGUCAAACCUGCAACUCUGACAACUUCCCAUGGAUGAAUCUUAACUCUGAGCCACUCCCGACGCAUUGAUGGUGAUGAGGUGAAGUGUGAAGAUCCCUUUCAAGUCAUGUGCAAAUCGAAGAAGAUGAUAAGCCGUGCGGUCAUCCCACCUUCGGCCAAGACGAAGAACCCGCCGCCGCCGUUCGACCCAUCCACCAGUGGCCAGAUCAUGAGCUCCUCCGCUUCCACCUCCAGCUUCUAUGUCAAUUUCAACAAGGACUCGCAGUCCUGGAAGUCUUCCCGAUCCAGCGGCAGAAAUUCCCUCUCCAGUCUCCGAGAGGCUCUCCCGGAGCAGCCUCGAAUCUACGAUUUCCCCGAGAUUCGCUCCGCCACGCAGAACUUCUUACAGCCGCCUCUGUCCUCCUCCUCCACCGCCACCUCCUGGCGCUGCGUGGUCCGCGGCCAAACCGUCGUCGUCAUCCAGAGGAAGUUCCGCCGCCUGCUGGAAACGCCGGAGCUGGUCGAGCGGGUGGCGAUGAUUUGCAGAAGCCACCACUCGAGCUUGAUUCCCCUGAAGGGAGUCGCGGUCUCAGGGAAUUACAUUUACUUGGUCUAUGAAUACAUCCAUGGAGCCAAUCUUCGCGACGCUCUCAGAAACCCUCGAAACCCUAAUUUCACGAUUCUCUCCAAUUGGAUGCUCAGAGUUCAGAUUGUUUCCGAUAUAGCUUCAGGUCUCGAUUACAUUCACAAUUCUACCGGUCUAGGCUUCGAUUUCGUCCACAACCACAUCAAGAGCUCCAGCAUCAUCGUCACGGAUCCUCCACUCGGCGCCAAAAUCUGCCAUUUCGGCACGGCGGAGCUCUGCGGCGAGAUCGCGAAGAGGAAUUCGGAAUCGGACGUGGAUGUGGAAUCGAACCGUAAGGAGAUGAAGUUCGAAGGUACCAGAGGAUACAUGGCGCCGGAGUUUCAAUCCACGGGGGCCGUGUCGCAGAAAUCCGACGUCUACGCGUUCGGCGUGGUGGUGCUGGAGGUGGCGUCGGGGACGGAGGCGUUGAAGUACGUUGUGGACGAGGAGACGGGCGGCUACGCGAGAAUCUCCGUCGUCGAGACGGCGAGGGAGGCGUUCGACGGUGGACGGAUCAGACAGUGGGUUGACCCGCGGCUGAGGGAUUCUUAUCCGGUGGAUGUGGCGGUGAAAUUGGUGCGCUUGGCGCUUGAAUGCCUGGACGAUAACCCGAAUGUCAGGCCGGAUACGGGUCAGAUUGCGGUUCGGGUUUCUCAGAUGUUUUUGGAGUCGCAAAUAUGGGCCAAUAAAAUUGGGCUGCCUACUGACAUCACGCUUUCGCUUGGACCUCGGUGACACUAAUCUCCUCCUGCGGCCUGCAUGGAAUUAUUUUAUAUUUUUCUUUUGUUUUUGAAUUUUUCUCCCAACAAGUAAGGGGGCAGUAAGAGGUCU